CGUCACGUGUUGAGACAGGAAUUAUUUGUUCAUAUAAGAGUACAAUGCAGAAUCUUGACAUGCAUAAAAAGAUGAUAACCUUACCAUGGGGUUCACCUUUACAUUUGGACGAAUUAGGGAAAUUUUUCCCAGUGGAGCAUAUCCAGGCCCGUCAUCAUUAUAUCAAACAGUUGGCGGAACUGAAUUUGUCCGUGCAGGAAGAAAGCCUUCUCCGUGCAAUCGUUAUACUUUUCACAGAUCGCUGUAAACUUGAGCACCCAGCGGUUGUUGACGCACUUCAAGAGAAAAUGGUCAUGUGUCUACAGCAUCUGAUCAACAUCAGACCCGGUGGCUCGGGGACACUGCUGUACAAGAUAUUUAACAUUAUCACCAAUAUACGGGAACUUACUGAAAACGAAAUGGAAUUUUCUCGAAACUUACUUAUUGAAUGGCCCAUGUUGAAUGUUAACAAAUAUCAUUUGGUACGGGAAUUCCUUUGCUGAUAUAAUGUAUAAUACUUUACAGGGUAGCACCGGUUUUACAAUAAUAAAGGCAGUACCGGUUAAGGUAAAAACAUUGCUGCAGCACUGAAUGUGAAAUUUUUUGUCAUUUAAAUAAAGCAAAAUGUAAAAAAGUGAUAUUUCAUACAAAACACUUAAUCCCUAUAACUGUACCAAUGGCCAAAAAGCAAGAGAAG